AAUGACAGACGGGAGCUGUCAAAAGUCAGUGCUACAGUGUGAGUUAUUUCUGUUUUCACUCUUCUCUUUGGCUGUCAAAUAAACGAUCAACAAUAAAGUCUGUACAUUACAUUAGUGUGUCGGACCGCAUAUAUGUGUGCUUACGUAUUUCUAUGUUUAUCAGGUGAAAUUUGCUUGGUGUUUUGAACUUUGGUCAAGGAGUGAGCAAAUUGUUGCAAAAUAAAUAAAUUUCAGUGUCACGCUAUAUUUCAUAUUUUCAAUUAACUUGGUUCGUUUUGAAGAGACGGUGCAUUGCUACACAGCUGAAAAUGAUAAAUACUGGAAAAUUAGCUGGCCGAACGCUAUUGAUAACUGGAGCAUCACGGGGAAUUGGUAAAGCGAUCGCUUUGAAGGCAGCUCGUGAUGGUGCAAAUAUCGUAGUUGCAGCCAAAACGGCAGAGCCACAUCCAAAAUUACCUGGAACCAUUUACACAGCAGCUCAAGAGAUCGAAGAAGCCGGCGGAAAGGCAUUGCCACUCAUUUUGGACGUGAGAGAUGAACAGCAAGUCAAAUCAGUGGUGAAAACUGCUGUUGAAAAGUUUGGUGGCAUCGAUAUUCUAGUAAACAAUGCCAGUGCAAUUUCAUUGACACCAACACUUCAGACGGAAAUGAAACGAUAUGACCUGAUGAACAACAUCAACACUCGCGGCACUUUUCUUGUAUCCAAAGAGUGCAUUCCCUACUUGCUGAAGAGUGACCAUGCUCACAUUUUAAACUUGUCACCGCCACUCAACUUGAACCCAGUUUGGUUCGGCAAUCACGUUGCUUACACCAUAGCCAAGUACGGAAUGUCGAUGUGUGUGCUAGGAAUGUCUCACGAGUACAAAGGUGAGAUCGGAGUGAAUGCACUGUGGCCCAAAACGGCCAUUGCUACUGCUGCCGUUGAGAUGUUGCUGGGUGAAGAUAGCAGUAAAUAUUCACGCAAGCCAGAAAUCUGUGCCGAUGCUGCCUAUGCUAUUCUGAGCCGCGAUCCAGUAACAACAACCGGUAACUUCUAUAUUGAUGAAGAGGUGCUUAAAGAGGCCGGUGUCAAUGACCUCAAACAGUACGCUUGUUAUCCAGAAAAUGCCGACAAUUUAGUGCCCGAUGCAUUUUUGGACAUCCCAACUAGCAUUAACAACGUCUUCAGCAAAUCAAGCCAAAAAGCCGAAGGUGCCACCGUUCCCUCUGGUCAAAUUGAGGGAUUGUUCAAGAAAAUUGAAGCCAAUUUGAACGAGGAAUUAGUACAAAAAGUCAACGCCACAUAUCACUUUAAUGUAAAAGGUGAUGAGGCCGGCAUAUGGUUUCUCAACUUGAAGGAUGGCAGUGGCAGCUGUGGAAAAGGCGAUGGCGGUGUCACACCAGAAGCGACAUUAACCAUGAAAUCCAACGAUUUCUUUGACAUGUUCUCCGGCAAACUCAAAGCUACAUCAGCAUUCAUGUCCGGUAAACUAAAAAUUGCCGGCGAUUUGCAAAAGGCAAUGAAACUCGAGAAACUCAUGGGCAGCCUAAAAUCAAAAUUAUAAAUUGAUUUCUUUAGAAAAGUGGAGAAUUUUGGUUUUGUAAUUUUUUUUCAUAGAUUUUUUUAAUCAUUUUUAUCAACAUUUUUAAUAGUGUUCAAUGAAAACCGUCACAUUCGAUCAUACCAAGAGUGAGGAUGGGAGAAAAUAUGAAAAAAUGCAACUACUGCCUGGCUCAAUCAAUUCUAUUGAACAUUGUUUAAUGAACAAUUUGUAUUUUUAUAACACGAAGAAAUAUUGAAGCUUCACUGAAUAUUGCAUCAUUCACUAUUUCCAUCACGAUAAUGAAGUGCAAAUGAUUAGAGGAACAACAAAUUAUUUGGAAGAGGAAAAUAAAUGUGAACAUUUGAUAGAAAAUGAUUGAAAAUUUGGAAUAAAAAACACAAAUUUAGCUAAUCACAUAUGAAUAAGGGCUCAUUAAUUGUUAUUGAAUGGUUUUGAAUAAAUUUCUUCGAAAAUAUA